AAAAUUAGAUGACCGCUUGGAUAAGUGAUAAAGUUUAGUAUAAAAGGGCCUUUGAUGAAAAUAUAACAGGCAUCUACUAUCGUACUUCCAGAAUGCGUACUAUCAUACUUUUGGCUCUCAUUGGCGCCGCUGUUGCGGUGCCAAGAAGUGUCACACGUAUUGUGGGUGGUUCUCCUACAACGGUGGAGACGUAUCCUUACAUGGCGAACAUGCAGUUCCUCUGGUGGGGUAUUUUUUGGGGACUGGGCUGUGGCGGAUCUCUCGUUACAAGAAACACUGUCGUCUCCGCUUCCCAUUGCUUCAUUGGCGAUCGUCCUAGUCAGUGGCGUGUUCUACUCGGAACCUCUCUGGCUUCAUCGGGUGGUACCACCCACGCUGUGAGAGAAAUUGUCCUGCAUCCACAGUACAUUCACCGAACUCUUGACAACGAUAUUGCUAUCAUUCGGUUGUCCAACCCCGCCGUUUAUUCGAGCAGUAUCCAGCCUGUUCGUAUCGCAGGAGCUAACUAUAAUGUUCCCGAUGGCGCCGUGGUCACUGCUAUCGGAUGGGGAGCUCUCUCGCAUGGCGGCCCGUCUCCUCAGCAACUGCAGCAUGUGGAUGUAAAUAUCAUCAACCAUCAACUCUGCGUGGAACGUUACGCUUUCUUGAAGACUCGGCCCGGUUUCGAAAACUGGCCAGAUAUCACUGAGAACAUGUUAUGCGCUGGUAUCCUCAACGUUGGAGGCAAGGACGCCUGCCAAGGUGACUCCGGUGGCCCCCUCGCUCACCAAGGAGACAUUCUUGUCGGUGUCACCUCAUGGGGCUACAGAUGUGCCGAUCCUUUCUAUCCCGGAGUAAACGCUCGCGUUUCCCGCUUCACCGACUGGAUAGCAACCAAUGCUUAAAUGUAGAAUUUGGCCAACGUCACCAUCAUUAGAUAUCUACAUUGAUCUACCUCGUAAAUUAGAAAUCAUCAGAGAUCUAUUUAAAAUAGAGAAAAUUCGCUUUGUU